GUCCGCCCCAUCUUCAAGAGGCUGAGGAGAUUAUUUAAAAAGAAGGAGAAGAAGAGUGUAGAGCCUGCCCCCCCUCAGACGGUCACCCGCAUGCUAGAGGAACCGAUUAAAGACGAGGCCCCAUCACCAGAAUGUGAGCCUGAGGUCCCUGCCACCACCAUCACAUCUAAUGCCCCUCAGGACCUCACAAAGGAGGAAGAGAAGGAGGAGAGGAAGGGGGAGGAAAGCCCUGUUUGGGCAGAGAGGGUGAGAGGCCCAAGGCAUGGGACGCCCCAAAGUCUCAAGGAGGAGGACGUCAUGAUGGAGGACAAGGAGGGAGGACCCUCAUCCAGGGCCAUCAGCUGCUCUCACUCCCCAGUCACGGAGACCUCAUCCAGGGCCAUCAGCUGCUCUCACUCCCCAGUCACGGAGACCUCAUCCAGGGCCACCAGCUGCUCUAACUCCCCAGUCACAGAGACCUCAUCCAGGGUCACCAGCUCAUCUCAUGUCCCUGUGACAGAGACCUCAUCCAGGGUCACCAGAUCAUCUCAUGCCCCAGUCACAGACACCUCAUCCAGGGUCACCAGCUCGUCUCAUGCCCCUGUGACAGAGACCUCAUCCAGGGUCACCAGAUCAUCUCAUGCCCCAGUCACAGAGACCUCAUCCAGGAUCACCAGCUUGUCUCAUGCCCCUGUGACGGAGACCUCAUCCAGGGUCACCAGAUCAUCUCAUGCCCCAGUCACGGAGACCUCAUCCAGGGUCACCAGAUCAUCCCAUGCCCCUGUGACGGAGACCUCAUCCAGGGUCACCAGAUCAUCUCAUGCCCCAGUCACGGAGACCUCAUCCAGGGUCACCAGAUCAUCCCAUGCCCCUGUGAUGGUGACCUUAUCUGGGGUCACCAGAUCAUCUCAUGCCCCUGUGACGGUGACCUCAUCCAGGGUCACCAGAUCAUCCCAUGCCCCUGUGACGGUGACCUCAUCCAGGGUCACCAGAUCAUCUCAUGCCCCAGUCACGGAGACCUCAUCCAGGGUCACCAGAUCAUCCCAUGCCCCUGUGACGGUGACCUCAUCCAGGGUCACCAGAUCAUCCCAUGCCCCUGUGACGGUGACCUCAUCCAGGGUCACCAGAUCAUCCCAUGCCCCAGUGACGGUGACCUUAUCCAGGGUCACCAGCUCCUCUCAUGCCCCUGUCACGGAGACCUCAUCCAGGGUCACCAGAUCAUCUCAUGCCCCAGUCACGGAGACCUCAUCCAGGGUCACCAGAUCAUCCCAUGCCCCUGUGAUGGUGACCUUAUCUGGGGUCACCAGAUCAUCUCAUGCCCCUGUGACGGUGACCUCAUCCAGGGUCACCAGAUCAUCCCAUGCCCCUGUGACGGUGACCUCAUCCAGGGUCACCAGAUCAUCCCAUGCCCCAGUGACGGUGACCUUAUCCAGGGUCACCAGCUCCUCUCAUGCCCCUGUCACGGAGACCUCAUCCAGGGCCACCAGAUCAUCUAAUGCCCCUGUGACGGUGACCUUAUCUGGAGUCACCAGCGGCUCCUCCCUAGACCGACUUGCAGUCCAGGUGAUGGGCCAUUCUGGAGACAGAGCAUCUAGGGGCAGGAGCAGAAGCCCCUGCUCAGCCCUAACGACCCCCAGGUCCCCCAAGGCCUUACUCCACCAGUACCUGCAGCUGGAGAGCAGAGGGCUGCCCAACCUGGGGCAGACGUGCUACAUCAACGCCGUGCUGCAGUGUCUCAUCCACCUGCAGGCCCUCUGCUCCCAGCUGCUGCUGCAAGAGGCUGUGUGGAGAGUCAAGCCGGAGGCCCUGCUGAUCAGUACCUUCGUGGGACUCUUGCGGCUGCGAGGGUCCACUGAUAUGGACGUCAAGGCAGCAGUUGUCUUCGAGUUUAAGGAAAACAUCGCCCAGCACAACCAGGAGUUUGAGGGGACUCCCAGAACGACGCCCAUGAGUUCCUCUCAGAGUGUCUGCUGAGGCUGAGUGUCAUUAGCCAGGAGCUGGCCAUGGGGGACGUGGCCUAUCAGUGCCCAGUGGACACUCUGCUCUCCUUCCAGCUCCG